AAGCAGGCGACGUCCGUAGCAAGGUUUUUGCUCACUGACCGACCCGCUAUUAUCUACUCCAUCUCGUCGGAUAAAGAAUUAGAUGCUAGCAAUCGCACUUUUUCUUUGUUCCCGAGAUUCAGUAUCAGUAAUCGCCCUCAUAGGAGUAGGACCACGUGGGUGACCCUAGCAGACUGGUUGUAGUUUUUUCUAUUGUAGUCGUAUUAUAAUUAUUGUACUUGGGUCAUCAUUACCAUUGCCUAGUACCAGUGCCUCGUCUGAACGAAUUAUCAUCAAAAUGGCCUACCGUCCAGAGAGCGGCAACGUCGCUGACGAGAUACGCCAUGACAAGACUGGCAAGCUGCGCAAACUGCUGAAACAGCGUGAAAAAAUCGCAGAAAAAACAGAGGCAGCAAAGGAUCAGCUUGAGGAAAAGCUAAAGCGAAGAAAGCUCAACCUCACAAAAAGUACUUUUUCCAAACUCACAAGAAGAUCCGUUCUCUGAUCUUCAUCUUUUUCUCAAGACAUGUAUGUAAUUCUCUGGAUCGUCUGUAAUUGGAAAAAAUGGAGAUCACCAAUUCAAGCAACUUCUAAAACUAUAGUGUUGAUUGAAAUUGGUAUCUUCAUCGAUCUGCGUACUAAGAUAUCACUCAAUCUUGUUCAUCUUCAUAUCAUCAGGUGACAAUUUUGGGUCUUCCACUGCUGACGUCCUUGAGGAGGAGUUUAAAGCGCAGACGGUUGGUUUGACCUCGAUAGAGGAAUUCCGAGAAAAGCGACGCAAUAUCGACGAACUGAUCGAAAAAGCUGAACAGCGAAAAGACCCCGUACAGAAGAAGCAAAUCGUUCAGACCGUGAAGAAAAGUACUCUGAGUUUCGCCGAUGAGGACGACGAAGAAGAGGAGGAUAGCAAGGAUAAAGACGAGGACGACGAUGAGGACGAUGUUGACGAAGAUGGCUUUCCUUUGACGUCGAACAAACCUAAAACGAAGCCAAACGAGCAGAAGGGCGGAGCGUCCUCUUCCAUGCGUCCACCAGGUAACUUUCCGAUAAGAAGCAAGAAGAAUCCUAACGUCGACACCUCGUUCCUGAAGGACGAACUGCGGGAUCGCGAAAUGGUGCAGAAGCGUGAGGCAUUGGUCGAGGAGUACCGUCAACGAGAGGAACAAACGAAGAAGGAGUUGAUCGACAUCGUGUACUCCUACUGGGACGGGUCUGGGCACCGACGGUCGUUGAGCAUCGAGCGCGGUGCUUCGAUCGGACAAUUUCUGAAGGUUGCGCGACUACAACUCCUAGAGGAUUUUGCGGUAUUGCGCCACAUCGCCAGUGACGAGCUGCUCUACGUGAAAGAGGACUUGAUCCUGCCGCACAAGGUCACGUUUUACGAGUUGAUACGCGACCAAGUACGCGGGAAGAGCGGGCCACUCUUUAGCUUUGGCGUGCGGGAAGACGUAACCGAGGCCGCGGAUAUUCGGCAAGAGCGCCAGGAGACGCAUGCCGGCAAGAUUGUACAGCGUAGCUGGUACGAAGCGAACAAGCACGUGUUUCCGCAGAAACGAUGGGAACUGUACGACCCCAGUGUGUCCUACAAAACAUACUCCGUCAAGGGCAACGCAAACAAACACAAGCAACAAGCCAACGAACCACUGCCAGAAGUUAUUCAGCAGAUCCGCCAGAAAGAACUGGAACGCAGCAAAAUUGGCUCUGGCGCCUCCAACGGUGUGCUGCUUGGUUACGGUCCGCGGUAGAUCAGGUGGGCAAUCCUUUCGUCUGGUCUCCUUCUAGCGUGCCAGCAUGUUGGUAAAGUCUUCCAACCUGUAGCGAGCUCGCAUUUGCUGGCUACCUAAGACGGAUCAAUGUAUGGCCAAGCUAGUUGAAGAGCGGUGACGCUCUUGUCUUGACCCUUCAUGUCAAAAAACCUUUCUUACUCACAAGAAAGUCAAUAUUCAACACGACCAGGAAGAAGAUUAUAGAUUGAACCAUUAUGAUCUCCUUCUCGACAGCUCUUGUCAAAAUCCCACCCCUCGCAUCUCAUUUUUUGAAGUCGCUGCAGCUUGAGCUCGACGUCGACCGAUUACCAAAAUAAGAAAGUUCCACAGCAUAGCAGGAGGUGUUCCAUA